AUGAUUCUGAAUCGCGUGAGAUAUCAUUCAACUACACCCAACUGUUUCACGAUCCCAAAACCCCAUCUUCAAACCCUCGCAGACAACCCACCAUCCAUACUCGAUAGAAUCAAGCAAUGUCGAACUGUAACAGAGCUAGAACAAAUAUGCGCCUCAAUGAUCAAGACCAACACAAUCCAAGACUCUUUCUACACCAACCAACUCAUCACCGCCUCUUCCUCCCUUUCCCGCCUAAACCACGCAUCUCUAGCCUUCUCCCACAUCCAUAACCCAAACGUCUUCGUCUACAACGCCAUGAUCAAAGCCUCUGUUCACUGCGGCCAACCUGUUCAGGGUCUGCUCUGUUUUAUCAACAUGUUGAGGAACAGGGUCUUCCCAACGAGCUAUACUUUCUCGUCUCUGAUCAAAGCUUGUGCCGCGGUUUCCGCCAUGGGUUUUGGAGAGGGCGUUCAUGGGAGUGUUUGGAAAUGUGGCCUUGAUUCACAUGUGUUUGUUCAGACUGCUUUGAUUGAUUUGUAUUCGAAGCUGGGACGUGUCAAAGAGGCCCGGAAGGUGUUUGAUGAAAUGCCCGAGAGAGAUGGUUUUGCGUGGACUAGCAUGGUUUCAGCUCAUGCUCGAGUUGGGGAUAUGAGUUCCGCGAGGGCAUUGUUUGAUGAGAUGAUUGAGAGGUGUUUAUCGAAUUCGGCUACUUGGAAUACAAUGAUUGAUGGAUAUGCGAGAGUUGGUGACAUUGAGCGUGCGGAGUUAUUGUUCAGUCAAAUGCCAAGCAGGGAUUUGAUCUCAUGGACAGCUAUGAUUGAUUGUUAUUCUCAGAACAAGAAAUUUGGAGAUGCAUUGGUUGUGUUUAAUGAGAUGAGGAUGAAUGGGGUCAGUCCUGAUGCAGUGACCAUGUCGGCUGUUGUUUCGGCUUGUGCCCAUCUCGGAGUGCUAGACUUGGGGAAGGAGAUACAUUACUAUGUAGUGCAGAAUGGGUUUGAUCUUGAUGUUUAUAUUGGGUCUGCGUUAAUUGAUAUGUAUGCGAAAUGCGGUGCAUUGGACAGGGCUCUUGUGGUUUUUUAUAACUUGUGGGAUAAGAAUCUGUUCUGUUGGAAUUCAGUUAUUGAAGGGCUUGCAGCUCAUGGAGAUGCUGAAAAAGCACUGGCAAUGUUUAGCAAGAUGGAAAGCGAGAAGAUCAAGCCAAAUGGGAUUACUUUUGUAAGUGUUUUAAGUGCUUGCACUCAUGCCGGGCUUGUUGAAGAAGGACGUAGGAGGUUUUUAAGCAUGACCCGAGAUUAUUCCAUUUCGCCUGGAGUUGAACACUAUGGAUGCAUGGUGGACCUAUUAAGCAGAGCUGGUUUGCUUCGAGAUGCAUUAGAGCUGAUACAAAGCAUGAAACUAAAACCUAACUCUGUUAUCUGGGGUGCCUUGUUGGGUGGAUGUAAACUCUAUCGAAAUCUGGAGAUUGCUAAAGUUUCAGCCAAAGAAUUGAUGGUACUGGAGCCAGAUAAUAGUGGGCAUUAUAACCUUAUAGUUAACAUAUUUGCCGAAGUCAAUCGAUGGGGAGAAGUUGCUGAUGUACGAGCAAUUAUGAAGCAACUGGGAGUAGAAAAAACAUCUCCUGGGUCUAGUUGGAUUGAAAUCGGGAGGGAAGUCCAUACAUUUUCAGCAUCUGACAAAUCUCAUGCAGCUUCUGGUGAAAUUUACUCAUUUCUUGCAGAAUUAUACAUGCAGCUGAAGCUUGAUAUUUAUCUUCCUGAACUUGGUCCUGCCUUAUAGCCUUAUUUUCCAGUGUUGAAGUGUGAAAUUGCCAUCUAGAUAGUAAUGGCUGAUGGGUUGGAAAGUGCAUGGAAGUCGGUUGGAUGCUGAUCCCACAGAGCCAUACUAGAGACAGAAGCGGUUUCGCUCAACUAAACCUCAUGAAGUGAAAAUGGUUAAAUACAGUAGUCAAGUGGUUGUGAUGCGGAAAGCUAGAAAUCCCAUGGGAAGCUACACUAAGUUACAUGCUGAUCGAUGGUUCUGGAAUUUGAUAGCUCAAUUGGAUGUAAUGAAGAGCAUAUAUGUAAGAACAGAGUGGAGUACCUGCAUAAAGUCACCCACAUUUGCCACAAAAGCUCCAUGCACUGGUGGCACAUCAACCCAUUGAUCUUUAUGGAGCACUUGGAGGCCCCCAA